AUGCCAAACGACGAUAUCGAGAUAAAAACCAUUUGUGCCGACUUAGAAUCGUCGAAGUUCUGCCUCUUGUCAUCCAAUCACGAUGACGAACAAGCUUUAUCUGAAGAUAGUGGCGGGAUCAUAAAGCUUCCUAAGAUCAAAAUUUUUGGUACAGGUGGUACCAUUGCAUCCAAGGGAGCGUCUUCGUCGCAUACGGCUGGGUAUCAUGUGGAUUUGACCAUUCAGCAGCUUCUGGAGUCGAUUCCAGACAUUUCGGGGAUAUGCGAGAUCGACUACGAACAACUUUGCAAUGUCGAUUCUAAAGAGAUUGAUGAGAGAUCUUUGCUGAAGAUCUACACCGGUGUUUCUACUGCUUUACAGACUUGCGACGGUAUAGUAAUCACGCAUGGCACUGAUACACUAUCUGAGACUACUUUUUUCAUCGAAAGCUCCAUUGACUCGGGAGAUGUGCCCAUUGUCUUUGUUGGGUCGAUGAGACCCUCUACGAGUGUUUCCGCCGAUGGUCCCAUGAACUUAUAUCAGGCCAUAUGCAUUGCCGCUAGUAAGCAGUCUCGAGGCCGCGGAGUGCUCGUUUCACUGAACGACCAAAUUUCUGCUGGUUAUUACAUCACCAAGACCAAUGCCAACUCUCUCGAUUCCUUUAACGUUAGACAAGGCUAUCUAGGGAACUUUUUUAACAAUGAAGUCCAUUACUAUUGGCCGCCAGCGAAGCCUGAAGUGUGCCACAAGUUCAAGCUUCGUAUCCUGCCCAAUGACUGCCCGGAUGCCACCUCAAUGCAACCCAGAUUUCCCACGGUUCACAUACUGUAUGGUCACCAGUCGCUUUCUCCAGAGCUUAUAAAGCUGGUAGCCCAGCAAUGCGCAGGUUUGGUUAUUGCAACUAUGGGCGCCGGGUCUUUGCCUUCUGCAGUCAACGAUGUCAUCCUGGAGUUGUCAAUACCUGUAAUUUAUUCGAAAAGGUCCAUGGACGGCAUGGUGCCGAAGGCAAACCUGCCCAGACCUCAUACUGGCUCGAACAGUAAACCCAACAUAAUAGCUUCGGGGUUUUUGAAUCCCGAGAAGAGUAGGAUACUGCUCCAAUUGUGUCUCUUCGAGAGAUUUGCAUUAUCCGAGAUAAAGAAUGUCUUUGGUCGUGCUUAUGGAGGUUAA